ACGUCGCGAGGCUGGUCGCCGGUCGUCGCGCGUCUCCCUUUACUUCCAUCGGCUCGACGGCAAACUUCUCUUCCUCAGUGUCCCGCGCAGCAACCCCAGCGGGACCCCCCUCAGCCCGGUUUCCGCUUGCCCCCGCCUCAGCGCUGGGACCAGGGCUCUGAGUCCGCCAUUGACAAGGCCACCAAGUACUUCCUCCUUGCUGAGAUGUUCCGUGGCAUGUACGUUGUGCUGGAGCAGUACUUCCGUCCUCCCUACACCAUCUUCUACCCCUUUGAGAAGGGUCCUAUCUCUCCCCGUUUCCGUGGUGAGCACGCUCUGCGCCGUUACCCUACCGGUGAGGAGCGCUGUAUCGCCUGCAAGCUCUGCGAGGCUAUCUGCCCAGCGCAGGCUAUCACCAUUGAGGCUGAGGAACGUGAGGACGGAAGCCGCCGGACGACCCGUUACGAUAUCGACAUGACCAAGUGUAUCUACUGUGGUUACUGCCAGGAGAGCUGCCCUGUCGAUGCUAUUGUGGAGACCUCCAAUGCUGAGUACGCCACUGAGACUCGUGAGGAGCUCCUCUACAACAAGGAGAAGCUGCUCGCCAACGGUGACAAGUGGGAGCCCGAGAUUGCUGCUGCUGCCCGCGCCGAUGCUCCUUACCGAUAA